AUGGGCAUCACCAUAAAGUCGCGCAAACAGAGCAGAGAAAGUAGUACAUCAUCAGACCUCAAAUUGCCUGCACGGCCGGCGAAAUCAAGAUCGAAAUCACCAUCUGCGAAAACGACAUCUACAUCUACAAAACUGAUACGUCCAGACUCACUCACCGGGCUAUUCAAGCUCCCCCACGAGGCCGGCUCAAAACUCCCGCCAUUGACGCCAACCAGCUCCACCACUUCCCUCACCAGCACAACGGACUUCAGCGAUCAACAUGCAUUCCGUGCGCUCCCCGGGUUCCAGUGGCAGCGGAACGCAUACGGGCUGAUCGACUGCUUUGCGGACUGCGACAAUAAGAGUUAUGGGUAUGGCGGGUUCAAGAAGCGGCGCAACUUCCUGGUGCAUCUGCGCGAGAUCCAUGGGCAGGACAUCGGCAACCACGACCGGAGAGGCGCCCGUAGUUGGAAGGGGCAGAGGAAACAGACGAUGAAGGAUAUUGGCGAGAUGGCGGAGGGGCCGGGCGUGGAUGCGGGGGGCCGCACGGGGGAGGAUACGGAUUAUGGGAUGGAGUCGGACGGGCUGCUGGAGCCGCCGAUUCAGUUCUGGAUCCGGAGAGAUUCUAGAGUAGAGCUGGAGACUAAGGAGUGUCCACUACAAAACGCCGAGAAGGAAGCCGUCUUGGAGCAGGAUCCUCCUGAUGAUAUUGAUAGAGGUGAAGAGAUCGAACAUGAAUAUCAUGAUUUGCCUGAGGACGAGAUACAGUUUGACCCAUAUCACCUGUCUCAUUUCGAUCUGUUCGGGGUCUGGCUGGAGCGGAAGAUGGGAACACAACUAGACUGGUGGCCUCUGAGACCGCCGGUCCAUCCCCACAUAUCUGGUCUGACACGGAUGUCCUGGAAAUGCAAAUGCGGAUCCACACUAUCAAGCGUGAUCCCCAACGACACCGUUGGGAGCUACCAGCGUCCCCAGUCUUCAUACGGGGGCAGGGGCGGGCGGGGCGGUACAGGUUUCAACAAUUUCAAAAAACCCGGACCUCCCCAACCGCCUCCCCAAACCACUACCGCCCCUCCACCUCCAGCAGGUGCACAGGUCGGCCAGCAGGUACACACCAAGCCACCCCCGAAAUCACCCGCAACCCCGCCACCUAGCCAUGACCCCGGCCGUCCUCAAACUGCAAAGGGCCCCCAGACACCCCCCAGACAGCCUCCCUCGGAACGCCUAGUAUGCCCACCCAGCCCACCUAACACGCCCCCGAUGCGGCAAGACACGGAAUUGCCAGAACCCGCACUGGCUGGUAGGCCUAGCCUUGGCAUCGGCACCUAUAUCCUCUGCUGUAUGCGCAAGAGCUGGCAUAGAACGGUGCUCAUCCACCUGGGCGGCGGUACCUUCAAGAACGACCAGGAAUUCUUCCGUAACCUCCGCGGCGAGCAUAGGCGGGUUCGUGGCUGGUGGCACUGGUGCAGCCUCUCGGUCGUGGUCCAGAUCAGAUUCGUCAGAUUCACCCAAUACUACCUCGACUUCGUCGACUGCCACGAAUCCGGCGUCCUCCCCCCGCCCGAAAACCCCGACUACGACUACCACCCCAAGCCGCCGCGCAGCCCGCCCACCCUGCCCGUCACAGAGCUGAUGCACUACUUCGACUCCCCGGAGUGCGCGGGUACCGCCACCUACUGUCUCGACCUGCUGCCGAAGCGCGUCGCGGGCCGGCUGGAGCGCGGGGCGCGCGCAGAGGGGUGGGGGCUGCAGCCGGGGGAGGGGCUGUCGCUGUGGAGGUUGCUGAUGUUACUACUGGCCGUGUGGGUCGCCACGAUGGUGUUUGCGGUGUGGUGGCUGGUGGGGAGGGCGGAUUUGCAGGGCGCGUUUGUGCCUGCCGGGUAUGUGGUGGCCGUGGUGGCGGUGGGGGUGGUGUUGCCGGAGAUGAGGGUUGUGUGGGUUAAGUAG